GGUGAUAUUAAGGAAAUAAUAAAGCAAUUUACUCAAUAACCUAUGCUAGUUGUUAAUUUCCAACGCUCCCUUGGAACCUCCUAAAUUUUUUAUAUAGAUUAUCCAAACGCAGCAAGAAGUAGUUUAGUUGAUACCUCAAUGUGAAUAGAGAAUAACAAGUCCUCUGAAAAUAGGCUAAACCCGCCAAUAGUUGCGGAUAAACCUUUGGGGUAUGCUUCGUCGAGAAUGGCCAGCUCUAUGGGUAUGCAGCCUCCAAAACAAGAGAAGCUAGACUCCUCUCGUAAGACCUUUCCGAGUACAAUGAUAAGUACCAAGUACUACAGCUAUCAGGACUCCUACAAGAGUCCGGGAGAAGAAGAAGUUAAGGAAGGCAAUGGUAAAGGCAAGAAGAGACUUGUUAAAGAAUUCAUCAAGAUUGCUAAACAGAAUGAAGAAGCAGAUGAAGCUGGUACUUCAGUAUCUAUAGAGAACGGUGAUAUAAAGAUCGGCAAUAAUAGAAUCAAUAUUGGCGUCUCUUGAAACAUUGAGACUGUCAAGGUUGACAAUGAGGACACACUGAUGAUAUCAUCAGAUGAGCCUAUAGCAGUGAGGGUAGUGCCUAUAACCCUCAACACUCCUAUGAUAAUCACUGCUGAUUCUGCUUCCAGCCAGUCUAUUUCUGGCUACGAUAAGAUUCUGAAAGUUUUAGGGAGCAACUACUGCUUAAGUGAUGUGUACGGGCAGUGACAACCUUUUGGAGGAAGGAAAUCAAUUCCAUGUCAGAGUUUUCAUAAUUCCAAUUAAU